AUGGCGUCUCCCGCGCUCGCGCACGGCGCCACGACGCCGCGGGCGCCUCCCGCGGCGCGGAGACCCGCGAACCGCGCGUCCACGCCGCUCUCGUCGCGCCGGUGGACGUCGCGUUCGUCGUCGCCGCACGAUCGGGGGGACGCUCGGAAUCCCACGCGGACGCGCGCGCGGACGUCCGUCCCCAUCGAGGCCGCCGGGGACGCGAACGACGACGACGACGACGCCCUCGGCGGCGACCUCUCCAAGCCGCCGCCGCGCCGGCGGCCCGCGCCCGAAUCCCAAAAGAAGAAAGCCGAACCGACGCCGGGCCCGCGGAACGCCGCGGACGCGGCCGCCGCGAGCGGCGGGUCGAUGUUAAACGCGUUCGCCGAGGGCGCGGAGGUCUUCUGCCUCGUCGCCGCGGGGACGAUGAAGCUCUCGUCGAUGCGCGUCAACGACCGCCGCGCGAAGCUCGCGACCGCGCGCGGACUUCCGCCGCCGCCGCCGGCGGUCGGCGGGUGGCACGCCGCGUCCGACGCCGCGCUCGUCGCCGCCGUUGCGCUCGGCGCGGCGGCGCGGAAACUCAAAGCCGCGCGCGACGCCGCGGACGCGCGCCGCGGCCCGCGCGCUUUCUCCGCCAACGCGCUCGAGGGCGACCGGAACCCGAACACGGUCCUCGCGCGCGUGCGCAACCUCGAGAUGAACCAAGACCGCAUCGCGGAGGGCGUGAACCGGGCGACGAGGGACGUGAGUAAGGUGGCGACGCGCGUGCGGUUGACGCGACGCGAGGUUUCGCCGCCGCUUCGAAAGGUGGAGGCGGCGCAGAGCGAGUUCGCCGCGAUCGCGGCCGCGCUCGAGCGCAAGGUGAUGAAGAUGUCGGACGAGGUCGAGGCGGCGCAGGGGAGCAUGCUCGCGCUGCACGACGUCACCGCGAAGCAGUUCGACGCGUUGUCGAGAGCGGUGACGGAGUUGAAGGCGGAGAAGCGACGCGCGGAGGCGGCGCUCGCGGACGUGAACGCUCGCGCCGCGGCGGUUACGACGACGACGACGACGACGACGACGACACCAUCGGUGGGGGAAGCUCCGAAGGGCGGUGGCGGCGGCGGUGGCGCGGACGGACAGAGGGUCGCGCCGCGCCGCGCGGAGCGUCCGCCGGCGCCGCCUCGUCCGGGGUACGGCCCGGGGCCGUCGCCCUCGCCGAAGAAACCGCCGCCGCGGCGCCGCCCGCCGGGACGGAAACCGUGGUCCGGGCCCGGGUGGCCGGGCGCCGCGGCGGCGUUCAUCGAGAAGGAGAAGGACGGCGAGCGCGGCGCGGAGGUGGGCGACACCGGGUCCGGGACCGACGCCGACGCCGACGCCGCCGGGGGGGAUCCGAAUUCGAAUUCGAAUCCGCGCGCCGCCGAGGUGGUCCAGGGCGAAGUCGUCGACGAGGACGUCGUCCCGCCGGCUUCGAAAGGGAUCGGCGAGGAGACGACGCGGGUCACGCGCGUGGGGCGGCGGCGGUACACGAAGCUGCGGUUCAAGGGGUUGAAAGGCGGCGCGCGGCCGAAGCGAGAGGACGACGGGUAA